AUGCGAUUGAACCACAGACAAUAUGGGAUUCUGUCGUCAUACGAAAACACCUGGUUUGUUUAUCGAAAUCAAGAAUGUGCCGUUUGUGAAGAACCUCAAGGUCAUGAAGCUUUGUAUGUUUCUGAGGGAAUCUCCUUUACUGCUCAAACUCCCACUGUUCAACAAUGCUUAUCGUAUUUCAACAGCAUCGUCAAUCACAAUCAUAUGGAUUCUCCCCCCGCAUCAAAGCGUCCGUCUAGAGCUAGUUCUGCUACCCAAAUCUCUCGACCAAGUAGUACUAGAGUAUCUCCGCGUGCUAGUCUCUCCAAAGGAUGCAGUUCUUUGUCGUCUGGAAUUCAAAUCAACGAGCAACCCCAAGACUUUGAUGUUGAUGAUUUCAAAUUCGAUACAGUUCUUGGUGAAGGAAGAAGCAAAGUGUAUUUGGAUUACUAUGGAUCUAGCCGUAUUGCUCUCAAGGUUGCUGAUAUUGCCAAGCACGGAGAAAUGCUUCCAGAAUUGCUGAAUGAGGUUUCUGUGUAUGAACAGCUAUCGGGGCUACAAGGGAAUGGCAUACCUAGAUUCGUUUGUCAUGGGUUUGUGGAGGACGUUCUGUACUGUGUAGGUGUUUCUAUCUGUGGUACGGUGGCCAAUGGAUUCACUGAACAGCAAAAGCAGAAGUUGUUGGAAACACUCGAAAGCAUUCACGAGGCCGGUAUUCUACAUAACGAUAUCAAAAAGGAGAAUAUCUUGAUUGAUGAAUCUGGGAAUCCAUAUAUCAUUGACUUUGGCUUCUCUACACGAAAUUGCUCCCCUGUUGCUCGAAUGGAAGAAACAAACUUGCUCCUUAGUCUGGUUGAAAAUACUUGA